CAAAUUCAUUUAUUUGGUCACAAUACACAAUAUUAAAUUUAUUAGGAUAUAAACUGUAUUAUUAUUGUCCAUUUUUGCAUGAAUUUCGAACCGUAAUGGAUUGGAUGUGGACUGAUUCAUCUUUAACAAUUAUGGAAUGGUUUAAAAUGGAUGAACUGUUUGCCCAUGUCUGUUGUGUAAAGUGCAUUUGUAAUUUUCGCAAAAAGUUUGAUACUGAACGAGGAGAAAAAUUAUUGAGGACAUUCAAAUUAUUAAUUGGCGGCGGAAUCAUAAUAACAAUAAUAGCAAUAAUAAUCUUUCCAAUUGCAUGGUUUUCCAUGUCCGUAAGUUUACCAGAUACACCAUCAUCAAUAGAAUUAAUUAUUAAAUUCGGAGAAGAUUCAACUGUAUUUAACACCAAAUCAGAUGAUGUACAAAGGUUAGAUAGUACAGACUUUAGACUGAUGAAAGAAUUAUACAUGAACUCACCAAGUAAUAAUAAAGCAUCCAUCAUGGAAUUUCUACAACAAUACGAAUUUGAUGAACUAAGCUCAAUUAAUGUAAUACCACAGUCAAUUAAUACAUGGCCCAUUUCACCUUAUGAAUUCAAUAAGCUUAAAACAAUUAUUGAUACAAGUUCCAGUAUAAAAGUUUCAGCAGAAUGGUUAUUAACACAUCACAAUGGUAUGAAAAUUAGUAAAGGCAAAAAUAUUGUGAUGAUGGAUAAAUAUAAACAUUCUGAACUGAACAAAUGUUUAAAUGUAUUAAAAACCAAUAUAACUGAGAUACCUGGCAAAUGUAAACAACUAGUAGUAAACAACUUAAUACCAAAAUUUUUAGCACUUCAUUUAAAAACUUCAGAGGCAGAAGUGAAAUCAGAAUUAAUAAUACACAAUCAAGAUAAUCCAUACAUGGACAUAGGUCUAACAUUCAAUUAUGACUCAACUAAAUUUACUUACUGGUGGGGCAUGAUAGAACUAUGCCCAAGUGAUGUAAGUUCAAUAUAUUUAAAAAAAAUGCCAUAUUCUUCUUGCACCGAUAAUGAAAAUAAAUCAACAUCUGAUACCAAUAUCAUGUACAAUAUAUAUGUGUUCAGUGAUAGAUAUUCAAGCACAUUACAAUAUUUAGAUGAUAAAGGAAUAAUUGGCUUAUAUACAAUCAUAGUAGUUUACUUUGGAUAUAAACUGGCGUUUGACAUAUUUAGAUCUUUUAAGUUCAAGUUGGGCUACACUGAAACACCUUAUCCAGAUCGUAUACUACAAGUAAAAAGAAAGUUUAUAAACUAA